ACACAUACUAGUGUGUGUGUACGUGUUUGUGUGUGUGUGUGAAUAUUGAACUUGUACUAGAGCCAUUUUAGUAAGUAAACAAAGAGUGUUACAAUUAAAAGGAUGUCUCAUCACAUGAUUUUGUUGCUAAUAAUUAUGAGUGUGUGUUUUUGCGGGUUCGGGAGUCGAGAAAUAGUGACGACAAAUGCCGCGGCGGUGAAAUUAACGGGCAACAUUUCGCAGGUGGAAGAUGCAGCUUACCUUCGUAUAUAUUACGGGCAGACAUUUAAAGUGAUCAAGAACGGGUUUGAUGGCAAGAGUUAUCUUCUCAUUCAGAAUAAUUCGAAGAUGGCAACUAAAACAAAAUACUGCACCUCAAGGAUAAAAUCAUUUGUCAUUCCAUUAGCCAACUACUCAAUUGAUGCUGAUUAUUUUCCAGUUUCUUUCUUUGAGCUCCUAGGAUUACUUGGGAGUUUGAAAGGCAUAACAUCAGAAUAUGUAUCUUCUGAAUGUGUAAUAAAAUUGUACAAUGAGGGACAAAUUCAAUUAGUCAACAAAACUCAGCCACAAGAGUUGACUCAAUUUGCUGCACAUUUCAUUGUAAACACUGAUCAGCCACAGUCAUGCAAUUUUGCUACCUUUCUCCCUAUGGGUGAGGAGGCUCCUCUCCAGAAAGCUGAGUGGAUUAAGUACUUGGGAGUUUUCGCAAAUUUGGAAACACGGGCGAAUCAGGUCUACAACGUGAUUAAGAAUAACUAUAUGUGCUUAAGUAAAGCUGCAACGAGCAGGGUGGCGCCAUACAAACCGAUCGUGGCUUGGAUGUCGUAUACUAAUGGUGUCUGGUCAUUCGCGAAAGAGACGUACAAGCUAAAGUAUGUGGAGGACUCGGGCGGUGAAAAUAUCGAUAAUUCCAUAAACAAAGUCACGUAUAAUGUAUCUAUGCCAGACGAUUUGGAAGCAUUUCAUGCCAUCCUUUGUACUAUCGAUGCGGUGAUCGACGAAACAUAUACAUCGGACUUAUUGGCUUACAACGCGUCAACAUUUCUUCAAAAUUUGAAUGUCGAAGAUCAAUCUUGCUUCGGUUUCAUGGCCAAUCAGAGCCUUUGGAGACAUGAUAAAAGAAUUCAAAAAUCUAUUGCUCUUGAUUGGUAUGAUGGAGCAAUAUCACAACCUCAUCUAGUUCUAGCAGAUCUCAUUGAAGCUUUAUUUCCAUCAGGAAAUUACACCACCACUUAUUUCCGAAAUAUCGCUAAGGGAGAAGGAGUUGUAAGCAUUAGUCCGGAGAUGUGUAACAGAGAAAGCUCUGUUCCCAUGGAACCCUCGAUUGUAGCUUGCUCGUAAACGUAUCGAAAAAUUCGAAUAUUAUUUUUUCUUGCAUUUAUCUCCCAAUUUAGAGGCAUUUUUAUCAUGUGUCAAGAUUUUUAGAAAGAAAUUUUAAAAAGUUGAUUUUUUUUUGUUAAGUAUCAGGUGUAGUAGUACUCGAGUUUGGACGGAAAAUUUUACAAAUCUCCGUUAUGGGGGUUUAAAUGUAUUAAACAUAAUUCGAAAGGGGUUGUAUAAUUAACCUUCAACGGAUCUAAAUGUAAUGACACCUAAACUCGUGGGAGGUGAGUGCAAUUACGGGUGAAUUGCGUUUUGCACCUUGAAAAUAACAUGGAUUGGUGCUUUGCAUCCUUAAAUUUU